AGAAAAGCGCUCCGUAUGUUGAUAGAAGAUGGAGUGUGUGAAUAAAGCGGGUCAGCUCAUGAGUUUAGCGGCUCUACAGCAGCAUGAUCCCUACAUAGUGAAGUUGCUGGAUGUGACCGGACAGGUCGCGCUUUACACCUUCAACCCCAAAGCCAACGAAUGGGAGAAGAAUGAGAUUGAAGGCACAUUAUUCGUUUAUGCCAGGUCGGCAUCACCACAUCAUGGCUUCACAAUUAUGAACCGUCUGAGUACAGAAAACUUGGUGGAGCCCAUUAAUAAAGACCUGGAGUUUCAGCUCCAGGAUCCUUUCCUGCUGUACAGGAACGGAAACUUGGGCAUCUACAGUAUCUGGUUCUAUGAUAAGGCCGACUGUCAGCGGAUCGCUCAGCUCAUGCUGCAAAUAGUGAAGCAGGAGUCGUUGCGAGUGCAGUGUGUGUCUCCAGACAGAAGUGUGAGCAUCAGGACCAAUGGCUGCGUUCAGAACAGACCCGCAGGCAUCCUGGAGCUGCUCAGCAAAGCCAAAGAGGAGUAUCAGAGGAGUCGGUCGACUGAGAGAGAUGUUCCGGUGAACUGUGAAUCACAGGAGAAGAGAGAGGACGUCACUGCAGCUCAGCAUGAGAAGUCCAGUCACUCAGUAGUGAAGCAGAUCACAGUGGAGGAGCUUUUCGGCAGCUCUUUACCCAAAGAUCCUCCUCCUUUGUCCUCGAUCUCAGCGGUGGGAGAGGGUCUGGGUCUGCGUGGGAUCCCAUUCAACCCUGCGCUGGCUCCGCGGCUGUCUUCUGACCCCGGGGGCCCGCCGCUGCUCAGUCUGCUCCAGCCCAGAGACCCUCGGACAUCAGCAGAGGAGACCAGCGCUCCUCGCGGCUCCACCAGCCCCUUUCCUCCAGCGUUCAUCAGUGCGGACGCUCAUGGGAUGCCUGUUUCUCUGCCCGGGUUCAUGCCCAGUCCUCUGGUCACUCCGCAGAGCUUCAGAGAUUCCGGCUGCAAAACCUCUGCUCCGUUCUCCGGGAAGACUGCAGCUUCAGCACCGGGUAAAGAAGUGAACGCCUUCACGCAGCCCCCGGCUCUGGUCAAACCCGUCCCAGCGGGGCCAGUUGUCCAGGGGGAGGAGUCUUCACUGCUGCUGUCUCCCAGUGUAUUCCAGCAUUCCGUCAACAAGGCGACAGAGGCAGGCAAAAGCUCCGCCUCCCCGACGUCCCCCACAGACCCGCCCACUGCGCUGUACAGCAGAACUCAGCUGCAGGACACACUCAUACACCUCAUCAAGAAUGACGCACAGUUUCUCAACACCAUCCACGAGACCUAUGUACAGAGCCUGUCUAAAGGCCUCAACAAUGUCAAGUUAUAGCCAUCAACUGCAUCUCCAUCAUCCAGCGAGAUCCAGCAUGACGCUCCGUGUACAUCGACUAACAACCCAUCCACACCAUAAGACUGCAGCAUUACUGAGGUUCACCAAUGAAAAUACUACAUAAUGAUUCUGCCAGCACAGUUAUGCCACAUUCAUUAAGGGACUUGUGCAAUAUAUGAAGCCCUUUUUUUGUAGAAUAGCUCUUCAUUUAUGACCUGGAUAGGAUUUAAUAUCCUGCUCUCAAUGGUGUAUUACUGUUAAAACAUCAGUAAUGCGUUGGAGAUCUGCUUGAGUUUAGAUAUUGAAGACGUCGAGAUUGUAGGAUGUGCACUUUUUUUUUCCCCUACAAGCUUCGCUAUUUAAUUUGGACUUAAAAUGAAUGUUUGAAAUGAAUUAAAGUGUUCGGAUAGUAAAUAAAAAAAUAUUUGAAGCAGGGUAACACCUUACCUUAAGGGGCGUUCAUAAGACUGUCAUAAGACUUUUAUAGUCAUGACAUAACACAUGGGAUUUCAUGCAUGCUUAUGACAACCGUUUUUAAGCGUCAUUCACUCAGUUAUGGCAUUUUAAAUGCAAAGAUGACACUGUUUGUUAUGAUAACUUGAGAUAAAUGCAUCAUAACCGGUCUUUGUCUUUAUGACAACUUUAAGACAACAAAACCCGUCAUAAAUCUGUCAUAAACAUGAUUGUCGUCAUAAUUUUUCUGGUCAUGUUUUUAGUGACACAAAUUGUAUUUGUAAUUUAAAUGUCUAAUUAAAAGUGUCAUAACCUGUUAUAAAGCAUUAUUAACAUGUAAAAACACUUUAAUGGCAAAUUCAGCUUGUUUUACUGUAGUUGAGUUUAAAAGAUGUAUAUUAAUGACACCGUUAUAAAAGUCAUGACAUAUUUAUAAUAGCUUCAUGACAAUCAUGUUUAUGACAGAUUUAUGACGAGUUAUGUUGUCUUGGUAAUGUCAAGUUGUCAUAAAGACAGAUGCAUUUAAGUCAAGCUUUCAUAACGCGCAAUGUCAUCUUUGCAUUUAAACUGACAUAACUAAGCGAAUGACACUUAAUAACAGCUGUUAUAAGCAUGCAUAAAGUCUCAUUCACUUUGAUGUGUCAUAUCAUGAUAACAAAGGUUUAAUGACAGUCUUAUGAACACCCCUUUAGUAAAGUGUUACCGAAAGCAGUCUAUUAAAUGUUGUGUUUUUUAAAAUCGCAGACAGAUGAAAAACUGUAAUGCUUUAUCUAAAGUCAGAUUCAUUAAAUUAGAGCGUUUAUAACACACUCUGAUGAUAGCUACAGUAGUCUGAGUAUUCAGCAAGAUCAAUUACAUUUCAUUUCAUCUUCAAAAGUGCAGUGAAAUGCUUUCUCUUUGCACUGUUGCACAUUAAUUGUGUUUUUAAAUUCGCAGACGUGUGUACUUGUGUUUACACUUACAAAAGGCCAUCAUGAUAAGGGAGUUUCAUAGUAUUUUUUUCUGCAGUUUGCUUUUGAUAGUAUGGAGAAUAGAGUCUGACCACUAAUGAGUUAUUUACUGACGUCACAUUAAUACGCUCUUCAAAUGAUUUAAUAAUGUCUAGUCUGUUGCAGCAGGAUCCUGUUACUGUCUUUUGAGUUCAUGUUCAAAUAAAUAAUAAUAGGCAUAAUUCA